AUGUCAAAUAUCUUUCAACCAUACAGAGUACUGGGCUUAUACUCAUCAGAUGUACCUUUUGUCGUGAAGUAUGUACAAAGUUCAGGUGCAUACUAUGCUGUAGUUCCAACGGGGGAACGGUUUAAUUUAUAUAAACUUCCAAGAUUGACUCUGGUUGGAUCGAGCGAUCCUCUUGAAUUGCCGAUUAAGUCCUUCACUUCUUGCGGUAACGUUCUUGUUGCUUCCUCUGGGAAAACGAUUUAUGUCUUUCGUAAUUCUCGUUAUCUACUUCACAAACUUCAGGACCAUACAAACAUAAUUACUCAUUUAUGCUCUUUAAAGAAUUCGUUUCUAGUUUCUGUCGAUGAAGGUGGUUUUGUUAAAGUAUGGAACACUAAAUCUUGGGAGGUUGUGUCUGACAUACAAUUCUCGACAAAGGCUUUUUGUGUGACAUCGUUGCUGAAUCCUAUUAGUUACAAAAACAAAGUACUUUUUGGAAGUUAUCAAGGUCCAUUGCAAUUGUGGAAUGUCAUAUCUAAAAAGUUACUGUACUGGUUCAAAGGCUUUGAUUCUCCUGUCACGUGCCUACAACAAGCCCCAGCGUUUGAUGUCUGUGCUAUAGGUCUCGCCGAUGGGCGGGUCGUCAUUCACAACCUGAAAUAUGAUGUUACAUUAAUGAACUUUGCUCAAGAUGGUGGAGCGAUUACGUCUAUUGGUUUUAGAAGUGGUUCACAUGGUUUGCAAAAUCCUUCAAAUAUUGAUGAAAAUAGUAGUAUCACUUUGCUGCCUGAUGAGAAUAACGAUGUUUAUUUAAUUACUGGUUGUGAGACAGGAUAUAUCAAUUGUUGGCAACUUCAAAACAAUGGGAAAAGUCGAUCAGUUGGCGAAGCACGCAACUUACAUUGGGGUAGCGUAAUAACGAUAUUUUGCAUUCCUGGAGGUGAUGGUGCCAGUGCCAUGGUAACGUCAGGAACAGAUAAUUGUAUAAAGGUUUCCUAUUUCGAUCGGCCUGAUGGUAGCCCACGUACUGUUUACCGUCGAAUAGGUCAUUCGCGCCCUCCAAACCGUGUAUUAUUUUGGCCUGGAAGUUCGGCAGGUGGUGCAUUGUUAUUGAGUGCUGGGAAAGAUGGUGUACUACGCAUAUUCUCAACAGUCAAUGAAUAUAUGGAUAAAAGUCUUGGUUGCGCUUAUGCUCCUGGAGUUCCAGAUCGCCGGAAAGCUACUCGUGAACAACGAUCACCAUGGUUAUUACCUGAGGUAGUUCACAUGGCUGCAUGUUCUACACGUGCUGAAGCUUGGGAUAGUGUAUUAGCUGUUCAUAAUGGAAAACGUCAAGUAACCACUUGGAAUUUCGCAAAAGCUACUCGAGGUCAACAUUGGUUUGAUCCAAUAAAAUUUCAUGGCAGUAAUGGAGAAGGAAAUCGAUUGUACAAGAAAACAAUUGCUACAUGUGUAUAUUUGACAAAUUGUGGUAAUUAUGCCCUGAUUGGUUAUUCCAAUGGUGAUGUUUUCAAGUUUAAUAUGCAAUCUGGUUUAGAACGUGGUUCAUACGGUUCACCUACUGCUCAUUCGUGUUCUAUUGUCGGUUUGGCUGUGAACAAUGUCAAUCGUGUUACUAUCACUGUUAGUGGUAGUGAAAUUCGUUUCUGGUCUUUUCAUGAGCAUAAAUUACUUGGACAACUUGAUUUACCGUCAACUUCUUUGUUGGUUAAAUUUCAUGCUGAUAGUGAUGUAUUAGCUAUCGCUUUAUCGAAUGCAAUGAUCAUUUUGAUUGAUAUUGUACAUAGAAAAAUUAUUCGAACAUUUGUCAAUGCUGAAGUCCAGCUGUGUGUUGAUAUGGAUAUUUCAUUUGACGGUCGAUGGUUAGUCUCAGCACAUCAUGGUGAUCCCUUAAUAAAAACAUGGGAUAUAGUAGAUAGUAAAUUAAUAGAUUGUUUUCGUGUAGAAUUACCUAUUACUUCAAUAGCAUUAUCUAAAGCAAAUGAAUUUUUAUGUACAACACAUGCAAAUUGUCUUGGUAUUUAUUUAUGGGAUAAUCGUGCAACUUAUAAACAUUUACAUCUUCAACCAUUGCCGAUUGAUUUUAUUCCAUGUGAAAAUCAACCAGCAGUAUCAUUACCAAAUAGAAUAUUGACAACUCAAAACACAUGUGAUAUGGACGAACUUGGUUUGAGUACAGAUAUUAAUAAAUAUGUGAAUAAUAAUGAGCACACAGAUAAUGUAUCCUCCUUGGAAGAGAAUGGAGAACAUGUUUACAUAUCUCCUCAACAACUACAUGGUCAUCUAUUAACACUUUCGGGUAUUCCAUCCACAUAUUUUACAACAUUAUUAAAUUUGGAUCUUAUUCGACAACGUAAUCGUCAAGCUGGAAAGUUUUUAACUAAUAAUAAUCCUAUUGCUCAUAUUCAUUCCGAUGGAGUUAAUGCCAAGAAUCUACCGUUCUUUCUACCAGUUAUUGAAACUAAUCAAGGCUUAAUACUACGGACUGAUAAUGACGAUAUUCAUGAUGAUGAUCAUGGACUAUCAAUGCAACCACAACCACAACAACAGCCCAAUAAUAUUAAUAAAAAACUAAACCGUAAACGACGUGGUUUAUUAGAGAAAGAUUUAGAGUAUGCUAUUGAACCAAUACAUGGUUUGUCUAUGAAACUUAUUCAAGCAAAAUCCAAUAAUGAAUUUGAUCAAAUUUCUCGUGCUUUAAAAUCAAUUGGUGCAACUGGAUUAGAUUUGGAAAUUCGUCUACUUAUUCCAUCAUCAUCAUCAUCGCUGGAAGAUGAAAUAAUCCCUCCUAACGAUGAUUCCUAUUUAAAACUACAUGGAUUUCUUCGUUAUAUAAUUAAUCGAUUUCAAACAAAUCGUGAUUUUGAUCUUGCUUGUGUAUGUUUGGAAAUUUUACUACAACGACAUAAUGAUGCAUUAUUUCGACCUAUUUCUAAACAAGAUAGUGUACACAAUGUCAAUGAUGAAUUAGACAAAAUUAUGCAAACAAAUGAUUCAAUGAACAUGAUGGAAUCGCUGAUGUCAUCCUCGUCAUCCUCGUCAUCACCUUAUACAAUCACAUACAAUUUACUUCAUCAAGCUAUCAUGAUUAAGCGAAAUGCUCAAUUAAGAUUAACCAACGGUAUAACUCAAUCAUUAUGUUUAGUAGAUUUUAUACGUAAUCCUGUGACAGCUUUACAUUUAUAA